AGGCCGUUCGGAGUCUCAGUCGAACCCCGCGCGUACGUGUAGUUGGUCGCGCGCGACGACCGACUAGCUACACCGUCGUCACGCCUCGUCUGGAUUGUUGAGGGCCCGCCUGCCGCCGUACGACCUACCGCCACGGGGCUUCUGCUAACCCGGCGACCCGUUUCUGGAGCGGUCUCUCAGAUGAGCUCCGGGCGCCGUCUCGUUCAUUCACUCAUUGUUAUUCCUGACUAUUGCGCUUAGCUGCCCAGCCACCGGCCAACGGCUUGGUCAUCAGAUCCUGUCUUCACAGGGUAAAUCUUGGGUAUCCGACGUGUUAUUUUCAACUUCUCCUCAUCGCCUCCGACAGAAAAAUGGCCCAAGUAGCUCCGGGCCUAGAGCCGGAGCAUAAUGAGCCCCCGUGCUAUAAUUGUGGCUUGCGGGGCCACAUGUUCACAGCUUGUCCCGAGGAUCCUCGCAAGAUGCCAGCCGGUUUGGAGGCAUCUUGGGCUCGACGACAAUCGAGCAAGAGCCCCCAUAAUGAUAAUACUAUAUCCAGCAAGCGAGGCAAGGGACCGGUGAUCACACGUUAUCCUCCUCCUCCACCUCCUCCUCCCCCGCCCCCUCCUUCUCACCAUGCACCUCCAGUUCAACCUUAUCAGUCAGGUCCGGUCCCAGGAUAUCAUCCCCAACCCCCGUACAAUCCGGUUCUCUACGGAGAACCUACUCCACCCCAGCCGCCGUAUGAUCGGUACGGACCUCCGGCCCCCCCAGGAUCUAUAGGCCCUCCACCUGACCCUCAUCAACCAUUCAACCCACCGCCGUAUAGUAGCUUCUAUAGCUCCUCGAGUUCCACCCAUGGGCCUUUCGAAUACCACCACAGCCUUCCUAGCCGCCCCGGCCAGUAUCUUCCCGGUGACUAUCCUGCAGGCCCACCCAACCGACCAAUCCAUUAUCCUCCGCCUCCUAGCCACUAUCCCCUAGGUCCUCAGUAUGGGACACACCAUCCAUAUCCCGCCGGUCCUCCCCUGUCAUACCCCCCACCACCGCCACCGCUGCCGCCCCCUACUUUCGCACAUCCGCCUACGCCAUAUGCGUACCCGACCCCUCCGAGUUAUACACAGAAUGAAUACACCCUCCCACAGCGCGGUCCGUCUCCUGUCUUCUAUCCUCAGUACCCGCCACCGGACUCUUCUCAUGACCGCCUGUACGGAGAUGACAGAAGCCAUCACCAACGUGAUCGAGACUACCAACGUCGUCACGAUGAUAGACGCCCAACGGACGUUCGACACGCGCAAAAUUUUCGGCAUAAUCCCUGGGAUAAUCCGCCACCGCCGAACUAUCAAGAUCACCGAGACGAGUACCACGAGAGUCGACACGGGGAAGCUUCUUAUCGAGAUGACCGACAAUCCCGUCGUUGGGGUCGUGGCCGGCCUAGAGAUGAGCGGCGCCAAGACCGCCAGGAUCGAUUCCACCCAUACAAGAACUUGGAUAAAUCGGACAGGAAUCAUCGGCGGAGGCAGCCUUCUGUAUCAACCCCGAGUCGAGUGGUGGUCCAGGAUCGGGGUUCUCAGAAAAGGGAAACACCAACACCAGCCCAGGGUCAUCAAGAUCGUGAACCUGGUGAGAUAGUAUCCGAACUAGGUUCGGCGUCAGAGCGUGGUGACUUGGAAAGUGCAUCCAGCGCAACUGUAGACAAAGUCGUUGAAGACAUGGGCUGGGAUGAGCACACUAUAUUCAUUGAACUUUCGACAACUACGAAAGCAGACCCUAUUGCGGCACCCCUCCCGACUGAGUAUACCGAAGACGUCAUGAUCCCACCCGCCUUCGAUGCUAAGGGCUUGAAGUCGCAAUAUAUCACACCUCGCAACGUCGACGACUUUUCUCAAAGCAUCCGCGAGACCAAAGAUUGGUACACAAUGCAACACCAUCCAAUAUUUCUAGAUCCGGCUGAAGUAAGCCUCCAGAAGCUAGAUGAUUACAACCGGGCAAUACAAAUAGAUACGGCCCAUAGGAAUAACUUCAGGGAUCGUUUGAGCAAUUCACAUGAUGCUAAUCGGCACCGCCAUGGGCAUUUGCGAGGCGUGCUAGGACGAUAUCUCGGGAAGAAUCGCGAUUCUCGCUACAAGCUCGAUCGGGGGAAAAGGCGAUGGAAUGAAUCAUAUGAUGAUGUGGAUAUCCUCAAAGCCGAAAGACUUUUCCGCAAUUCUCCGAUCGAUGAGCCGUCUACCAAGAGACAGAAACCCGUAUCCCCUGAGCCUGGAGAGGUUCUGGAGACAAAUGGCCGUGACGUACCCUGGAAGCCGUCUCCGGUUCCCAACGAAGAUGCUAAAUUGGACAUGGAACCAGGCGAAUUGAUCGAGGAUCCUGAUAAUCAAUCUCAAAGCCCCAAUAGUAGGGGCCUCGCGUCGGGUCAUGAUAUGAAACGUCACCAGUAUAACGUGCAAACGCUUAAGGAACGAGAUGAUUCUGACAGAACAUAUUCCCCGCCGCCGCUAAGAUCGAUGGAGGAUACCCCCGCAUCUCACAGUCGGCCACUGAGCAGACAUAGCUCCCGAUGCUCUCGUGGAAGUCGCCCAAACAGUCGGGGCUCUUCGUCCAGAACUCGCACGCCUGAUUCCCAAGGGUCUCCGCUGGAUUCCAUCGACCGUGAAUUGCUAGGCCUGGAGCAACCGUCAAGUAGUGGAAGCGAAUCCGAGAAAGAAAUGCCGAAGCGGCCGUUUAAUAAUAUGACGCCCAAAUUCAAGCGCCGACAGCCAAGAGUCAUUGAGGCUUACUCACGCCGAUGGUAGAACUCAGGAACUUUAUGUAAAACCUAAAGAACCUAUUUAAACAUUUCAUUGCCUGCUAUCGUCAAGGAUAUCGGCAGCUGAGGAGGACCACCCAGUUUCGAGGAUGACGCUUGAGCAGUGCGUCUUCGAUGCCCUCACCCGUUGCCUGAGGCCACCGGAACAGGAAAGAUAGCUAGCGGAGCUAUCAGCUGACCGAUAUAGGCGCUUUUGGUAUUGAAUCCAUUCAUCGUGGAUACUGCCACCUUGGAGUAGUUCACCCUUCACGACAUCA